UCCUGCUCUGCGGUAAAGAUGGCGGCGGCAGAGGGGGCGCGUAGUGGCCGGACAACGCCAAAACCCUGCUAAAGGUUUGCUUUAGUGGGAACAGGAUUCGCGUGGCACCGUUCAGAAAUUCUCCAGUAGCGUUGGGAGUAUACAAAUUGAAUCAACAAGAGUCCCACGAAAACUUUGUGCUUUUAUUGUCCGGGGAAGGGUGGGUGGGUUUCACUCUGAACUGCUAACAGGCUAAUAGGCUAACGAGGUAGUAGCACUGGUUAGCCCUGUGAAGAGACUGGGGAGGGGAUCAUCGCCAAGACUGUUUGGGCCAGGCCGCUUUACUUUUGGGGAAUGUGAAGCAGAGGCAGAACGGGUAUUUGCAUUUUGGUUUUACAUUAUCUGUCGGGAUGGGACAGCAGGUAGGCCGGGUCGGCGAGAGCACCUCGACCGGAUUGCCACCGCAGCCCCACACGUCCCAGCCGCACCAGGGGAGAGGGAGUCGGAGUAGUGGUGUCGGGAGGAGACCCAGAGAUCCCGGCAGUAACACCGUGACACCCCCGGGCAGGUCAGCCGUGGGCACUGUACUAGAUCCGGGGAUCAAUGUCUUCACAUUUCAUUCAGAAGUGCUCCACCGACCGUUUGGCCUUGACUCUGCGGCUCUGACUGAAGCUGUGCGAUGGAGCUCCAAGGAGAACCUCCUGGGGGCAGCGGAGAGCGACCCCAAUCUCUUUGUAGCACUCUAUGACUUUGUCGCCAGCGGAGACAACACGCUGAGCAUCACUAAAGGUGAGAAGCUGCGAGUGCUGGGCUACAACCAGAAUGGUGAAUGGAGUGAAGUGCGCUCAAAGAAUGGCCAAGGCUGGGUGCCAUCCAACUAUAUCACCCCCGUCAACAGCCUGGAGAAGCACAGCUGGUACCAUGGGCCUGUGUCUCGCAGUGCAGCCGAGUAUCUUCUAUCAUCACUAAUCAAUGGCAGUUUCCUUGUCCGAGAAAGUGAAAGCAGUCCUGGACAGCUCUCCAUUUCUCUUCGUUAUGAGGGAAGAGUCUACCACUAUCGCAUCAACACCGCAUCUGAUGGAAAGGUGUAUGUGACAUCUGAGAGCCGCUUUGCCACCCUGGCUGAACUUGUCCAUCAUCACUCCACUGUAGCUGAUGGCCUGGUCACCACACUGCACUACCCUGCACCCAAAUGUAACAAGCCUACUGUGUAUGGAGUGUCUCCCAUUCAUGAUAAAUGGGAGAUGGAGCGAACAGACAUCACCAUGAAGCACAAGCUGGGCGGAGGCCAGUAUGGAGAAGUGUAUGUCGGUGUGUGGAAGAAAUACAACCUCACAGUUGCAGUCAAAACGCUGAAGGAAGACACCAUGGAAGUUGAAGAGUUUCUCAAAGAAGCAGCUGUUAUGAAGGAGGUUAAACAUCCAAACCUUGUUCAACUUCUUGGAGUGUGUACUUUGGAGCCUCCAUUCUACAUUGUCACAGAGUACAUGCCACAUGGGAAUCUGCUUGACUACUUAAGAGAAUGUGACAAGGACGAAGUGAAUGCUGUGGUGCUGCUUUACAUGGCUACACAGAUCUCCUCUGCCAUGGAGUACCUGGAAAAGAAGAACUUUAUUCACAGAGAUCUUGCUGCAAGAAACUGCCUGGUGGGUGAGAAUCACAUUGUAAAGGUUGCAGACUUUGGCCUGAGCAGAUUGAUGACUGGUGACACUUACACUGCUCAUGCUGGGGCAAAGUUUCCAAUUAAAUGGACUGCACCGGAAAGCUUGGCCUACAACACCUUCUCCAUCAAAUCGGAUGUCUGGGCAUUCGGUGUGCUACUUUGGGAAAUUGCGACUUACGGCAUGUCACCAUACCCUGGGAUUGACCUGUCUCAGGUGUAUGAUCUCCUGGAGAAAGGUUAUCGCAUGGAACAGCCAGAAGGAUGCCCACCUAAAGUCUAUGAACUGAUGCGAGCUUGCUGGCAGUGGAGUCCAUUGGACAGGCCAUCUUUUGCAGAAACCCAUCAGGCUUUUGAAACAAUGUUUCACGAUUCUAGCAUCUCAGAAGAAGUUGCAGAGGAGCUCUGUAAAACUGCUUCCUCUGGUCAUUGUGGACCAUUACAAACAUUUGGUCACAACAUGCCAUUGCUACCAUCCAAAUCUCGAACACUGCUCAAACAUGCAGAGAACAAAGAAAACAUAGAGAGUGGACUUGAUGGGCGACCUGACCUCAGCAUCCAAGGCCACUCAGGCUGGGCUUCUGCCAUUUUGGGAAGUGACGGUAGAGGAAGCAGCUCUCCCGCGUUACCAAGAAAACAGCAGCCUAGGGACAAAUCUCCCAACAACCUCUUGGAGGAUGGACCAGAAAUUGGCACAUUUACUCGGGAUCGCAAGGGAGGAUUUUUUAGCUCCUUCAUCAGGAAAAAAACUGUCUCCUCCUCCCCUUCAUCUCAGCUACAACAGAACCUUCCCACCCCACCUAAAAGGAGCAGUUCUUUCAGAGAAAUGGAGACUCAGCCUCAUAAGAAGUAUGAGCCCACAGCUGAUUUUAGUGCUCCUCCUCCCCUGCCCCAGUCGGACAGUCUCAGUGGCUUCUCGGCCUCUCCUUCUCACUCCCAUGUUGAACCAACACAGUCCCGCUGCUGUGGCGCUGCUUUUGGACAAAAACCCUCUGGAGCAGGGCUUAAUUCACACAUUUCCAGUGUUAGCAGUUGGAGUGGUUUAGCAGGAUUUUUUACUCCUAGACUUAUUAAAAAGACCCUGGGUUUAAGGACAGGGAAGCCCACAUCAUCAGAAGAGGGGACUAGUCUAGUAGGAGGGCCUAAACCCUUUCCUAGGUCCAAUUCUACGUCCUCUAUGUCAGCUGGGCUGCCUGAUUUGGAGCGAAUGGCCUUGACUUUACCUAGGAACCGCAGUGCAAAACCACCUCUGGAAAGAACUGCCUCGACAACGUCUCAGCCUGAGAAUGGUGCUGCACGGCCAUCAGAAACUUUGCUGAAGAGACUAGAUGAGGGCACCGCUCAAAUCAGAGAUAGGCCCAAAGCCAAGCUACUACCAAGGAGUACUGCAAUAGGACUAAGAGCACCUGCAGCCGGAGGGGAGGUGGGCGACUCUGAUACUUUGUCCAGGGUUAGAGAGGGAAGAGAGAACAUUGGAGCAGGGGUAGAUCGGCAGCAGAGCUGGUCAUCUCCUUCUAAGGCUUCUAAUUUAAGUUCUUUAUCAAACUCAACAAGUGCACCUACUCACAAUCACAAAGUACCAGUAUUAAUAUCCCCCACACUGAAGCACAGCCCGGCAGAUGUGCACCUUGUCGGUCUAGACUCUCAGGGGAACCGUUUCAAACUGCUGUCUGAGCAGGCAGAAAGAGACAGACCUCGGCUGGUCAAACCCAAGUGUGCUCCCCCUCCACCCCCCACUCUGCGCAGUUUGCAGCACUCCAACAGCGCAGAGGGGGAAGAGCAGAUGGGGGCAGCUCCUGUUGAAAUGAAUGGAGACACCUUAAAAAGUCAAAGAUCAGUCCGAACUUCUGGAGGAGCAACGACGGGUAGACCGUCAGUGCCACCACCACAAGUGCCAAGUACCACCAACACUACCCCCACCAAAAUGGCAAAUGGAGCUACCACCACAGCCUCAUCCAAAGUAGCACUGCGACGAACCAGGCAACAAGCAGAGAGGGUCCCACCGGAGCGGGUCAGCCGCGAGGCACUACUGGAGUGUGCAGAGUGUCUGAGCAGCGCCUUGAAUGCCAGCUCUGAAAGCCCCUCUAGUGGCCAGGUGCUGGAUGCUGGUCAUCAGCUGCUAGACUACUGCUCAGGUUAUGUAGACUGCAUUCCUCAAAUGAGAAACAAAUUUGCCUUUCGAGAGGCAGUGGGCAAGCUAGAGCUUAGCCUGCAAGAACUGAGGGCCUCUUCGUCUGGAUGUGGAGGUUUGAAUAACGUAGGGCCCAACACUGUACUGGACAACCUGCACAGCUGUAUUAAAGAGAUUAGUGAUGUGGUACAGAGGUAGUCACAAGGACUGUAAUGUAAUCAGCUCAUACAAGCCAACAGACAACAUUUGAAAACACACAAUGUACCUCUGGGAAAUCAGUACAACAUUUUUCUUUCUAUUUGUUUACAGUAAUCUGCUUUAAAUGCCAGUAAUAACACUUGGUUUGUACAUACUACAGUGAUACUUGUCUCACCAUUAAGUAAUUGUCAACUGUUGCUUGAAAUCUCACAUUCUCUUUCAAUGUUGUCAACACUUGGGGAAAAAAGCUAUGUCCACACAAUAAGAGCUGCUCUGUGAGAAAGGUUUGACAGAUCUCAUGUGUUUUGGUGUGACUGAAUGUCAGAGUACAGUGUCUUACCCAGAUUAUGAGGAAACUGGUUUUCACUUAGAGUUAAUUUCCUUUGAUUUGGAGCAGAUCAUAUUUAAAAUGUUCACAGAGAAGUUUUUGUGCGCUUGAUUAGAAACAUGACAUCCAGUCAGCCAGAGGACAAUAUGGAGAAUGUAUUAUGAAAAUCAUCCAGUUUCAAGUGCCACAUAAAUGGGUAAAAUUCUGUACUGUAAGAAAACUCAUCUGUCUACUAAUACUUGCACUCAGCAUUUACUUUGUCUAAUGGGACCUAUAGUCAUUUUGGGGCAAAAGAGCACAGGGUUCUGUGGGAGGUUUAUCCAUUAAGUGUCCUUUUUAUAUGGACAAUUUGUCUGUGGCCUUGUUAUGGCCUCAGUGCCUCAUUCUCUAAUUAGAACCACAGACAGAGACCUAUCUCACAGUACUGAUUUCUCCACAAAUUAACUGCAGUAUGUCUUCAGCACAUGAGCAAAAUGUAUAUUGUUGUGGUUCCAAGAAAUUCUUGGAUAAUGUGUAUGUAUGAACUUGAAUUUUAAAUUAUUAUUUUAAAUUUACAGAUUUAUUUGAAAGAAAUUGGUUUAUGAUUUAUUUCAUAUGGAUGAAAAAGUUUAAUGUAUGGUUAUACCGAUGAGAGCUUAAUGUAGUACAAGACUAAGGCCCACACAUCCAGAUCUAAAUAUGCUUUAUGAAUGUAUUUUCCAGGUCAGUUCUUCAUGUGCAUGUGUCUUUAAUAUAAAUUAUAAGAUUGACUUUUAUUUAUUUUAUUGGCCUAAUGUCACCUUACAUAACUCUGCGAAAGUUUUUUAAUGCAUAAAAAAAUACACAUGUACAGUUAUGGCUAUCUGUGCACACAAACCACACCUCCCAUCAAAUUAAUGUUAUCUAUGUUGGAGCUCUUGUUUUGAUGUACACUGGAAAAGUCUUCGAAUAGACCAUGACACAUAUUGCAUCUGAAUAGUUCUAUUUAAACAAUGCAGGUCCACACAUUCUCAUGUGAAUGAGUCUUCUAAUCUCAAUAUACUGAUUUUCUUCACUGUGAUGGUCAAUUUACAAUAGAAUUCAUGGUGCCUUUUCAAAUUGUUAAUUUGUGUACCAAACACAAUCACAGCAAAAAAAUGUACACUAUUUUCAGCAUUCAUAGUAACUUUUGCCCUGAGAUUGUGAUCUAAAGACCAAGAACAUUUCUGUACAGCUGCCAACUUGAAACCCAAUGGUGCACUUUGUCUACAAAUGUUGAGUUUCUAGUUUCUAAAGCCAUUUUCCCAUUUUUAUUGUGGCCUUCGAUGUUUUCUGUUCAAACACUAAAUCUAAGCUGCUCGUUUAUUACUACAUCAUUUUAUUCUUGUCGAAAGUGUACGUUGUUACUUGUUUUUGUUUCAGAUUUUCUUUUAUUUUACAAUUAAAAUACAUUUCAGAAUCACAUUUUGUUAAAACAUACCAUCAAGAUCUUGUAUAAGAAACUAGAAGAAAUUAUCUGAGAUUUUAUUUCCAGUUUAUUUUCAUGUGCAUGCCUUUGUUCUGAGAGGAUAUCUGGAGAAUGUGUGUACAAAUCAUUAUACCAAAGGCCACUUCUUCAGAUUUAUGAGUGCAAUGUAAUCCAAGACGGACACACACAAUGUGACAUGUGAAUCUCAACAGGGAUAAAAUGGCAGAUUUUCACAAAUUUUGUAUUGUACAGAUUAUAUUUUUUGUGUUUUUAUUUAAAGCUCACAUUACUGUGAAGUUCUGUUUAUAAGUGUGAAGCUUAUUGUAAAUAAUAAAACUAUUGAUUAUGA